CCGAGCGCUGUCGUGGAGCUGGAGCAAGCGCAGCCUCGUUCCUGCAACCUCUUCCCCGCCGCCCGCAGCCUCCACCCCGCCGCCACCACCACCACCGCUGCUGCCGCCGCCGCCCCCGGGGCAUGGCCUGUCUGAUGGCCGCUUUUUCGGUCGGCACCGCCAUGAAUGCCAGCAGCUACUCUGCAGCGAUGACGGAGCCCAAGUCCGUGUGCGUGUCGGUGGACGAGGUCGUGUCCAGCAACGUGGACGACGUCGAGACAGAUCUGCUAAACGGUCAUCUGAAGAAAGUGGACAACAACUUCACAGAGGCCCAGCGCUUCUCCUCCUUGCCUCGGAGGGCGGCUGUCAACAUUGAAUUCAAGGACCUUUCCUACUCUGUUCCCGAGGGACCCUGGUGGAGAAAGAAAGGAUACAAGACCCUUUUGAAAGGGAUCUCUGGGAAAUUCAACAGUGGAGAGCUGGUGGCCAUCAUGGGUCCUUCUGGAGCUGGGAAGUCCACGCUCAUGAACAUUCUGGCAGGAUACAGGGAGACCGGCAUGAAGGGGGCAGUCCUCAUUAAUGGCAUGCCCCGGGACUUGCGCUGCUUCCGGAAGGUCUCGUGUUACAUCAUGCAGGAUGACAUGCUGCUGCCUCACCUCACCGUUCAGGAGGCCAUGAUGGUGUCUGCACAUCUGAAGCUGCAGGAGAAGGAUGAAGGCAGACGGGAGAUGGUCAAGGAGAUCUUGACGGCGCUGGGCUUGCUGCCCUGUGCCAAUACACGGACGGGGAGCCUAUCAGGAGGCCAGCGGAAGCGCCUGGCCAUCGCUCUGGAGCUGGUCAAUAACCCUCCUGUCAUGUUCUUUGAUGAGCCCACCAGUGGCCUGGACAGCGCCUCCUGCUUCCAGGUGGUGUCACUGAUGAAAGGCCUGGCCCAGGGUGGCCGAUCCAUUGUCUGCACCAUCCACCAGCCCAGCGCCAAGCUCUUUGAGCUCUUUGACCAGCUUUACGUCCUGAGUCAAGGACAGUGCGUGUACCGGGGAAAGGUCUCGAAUCUCGUGCCGUAUUUGAGGGAUUUGGGUCUGAACUGUCCUACCUACCACAACCCUGCAGACUUUGUCAUGGAAGUGGCGUCAGGCGAGUAUGGCGACCAGAACAGCCGCCUGGUGAGAGCUGUGCGGGAGGGCAUGUGUGACUCGGACUAUAAGAGAGAUCUCGGAGGCGACACGGACGUGAACCCAUUUCUUUGGCACCGGCCUGCUGAGGAGGACUCUGCCUCCAUGGAAGGCUGUCACAGCUUCUCGGCCAGCUGCCUCACCCAAUUCUGCAUCCUCUUCAAGAGGACCUUCCUCAGCAUCAUGCGGGACUCGGUCCUGACACACCUGCGAAUCACCUCACACAUCGGGAUCGGCCUCCUCAUUGGCCUGCUGUACCUGGGGAUCGGGAACGAAGCCAAGAAGGUCCUGAGCAACUCCGGCUUCCUGUUCUUCUCCAUGCUCUUCCUCAUGUUUGCUGCCCUCAUGCCCACUGUUCUGACCUUUCCCCUGGAGAUGAGUGUCUUCCUCCGAGAGCACCUGAACUACUGGUACAGCCUGAAGGCCUACUACCUGGCCAAGACCAUGGCUGAUGUCCCCUUCCAGAUCAUGUUUCCCGUGGCCUACUGCAGCAUCGUGUACUGGAUGACGUCACAGCCGUCAGACGCCGUGCGCUUUGUGCUGUUCGCUGCCCUUGGCACCAUGACCUCACUGGUGGCCCAGUCUUUAGGCCUGCUGAUUGGAGCUGCCUCCACAUCUCUGCAGGUCGCCACGUUCGUGGGUCCCGUGACUGCCAUCCCUGUCCUGCUCUUCUCGGGAUUCUUCGUCAGUUUUGACACGAUCCCAGCCUACUUGCAGUGGAUGUCCUAUAUCUCCUAUGUCAGAUAUGGCUUCGAGGGGGUCAUCCUCUCCAUCUAUGGCUUGGACCGGGAGGAUCUGCACUGCGACAUUGCUGAGACCUGCCACUUCCAGAAGUCAGAGGCCAUCCUGCGGGAGCUGGAUGUGGAGAACGCCAAACUGUACCUGGACUUCAUCGUCUUAGGGAUCUUCUUCGUCUCCCUGCGGCUCAUUGCCUAUUUUGUCCUGAGAUACAAAAUCCGGGCCGAGAGGUAAAACACCUGCAGGCCGGCAAGGAGGCAAAGCAGACAUUGUGACCAAGGGCACUGCUGGGAGGCAGCGGUGUGCCUGCUCCUGGUGACACAGACUCUCCCAACCCAACCUGGAGGCCACGCAGGUCGAUGGCGACCAGUGCUCAGCGCCUCUGCCCGCCGGGUUGGAACUGUUCGUUUCCUUUUCUAGCUUUAACUAGGAAGAUGUAGGACGGUUGGGAAUUUUUUUUAUAUGCAGGAUUUAAAACACAACUGAUACAGAAUGUCAUCCUGUGAUCCAGCUGGGGACAAGAGGCUUCCUCAGUAGGUUCCUGCUGGAGUCCAGGACACCUUGGCCCUGGAGGAGGAGUGCUGGCCACAUUGGUCCCCAGAAAGGUGGAUAUCUUGGGGGAAAAGUCCACAGACGGUGGACUCCACUUGAUGGCUGUCGUUUCUUCUUUUCUAAAGUUCUUCUCCUUUCUGAUGAAGUCACUUUCCGAGCCAAAGUCGAUAAAUUUCAUUCAUUUUGAGAGACUGUAUCUUUUCCAGUGCUUCUCCAGGACUGGUUCAGGGUAGGAAAGGUGUGUUUUGCUUAGAAAUAGAUGAGUCCCACCUAGCCACCAAGUGAGGCUCACAGCCACAACCACCGAAGGUCAAACGUGGGCUCCAGGCGAGGGAGACCCCCCACACCAGCUGUGCUGGGCCAGCAGGGACGAAGAGCCACGCCAACAGUAUGGAACGGGAUGUUGGCAGGCUCUUUCCAGACCUUUCUUUUCACAUGCUUCUAUUUUAAGCAAAAUAGAUGAUUUCUUCUAUAGUUUUCUGGCCACUUUCAUUUUGCCCAAGAAGUACAUAGAUCGACCUUGUCGGUUUUUAAAGAACAGUUUCCCCUUUCUUCAUGAAUCACGUUAACUACCUCCACUGAGCCUGGGAAGCCGGCCUGGGGACACAUUGGGUGUGGCCCUUGAAAUACGAGGGCAUGCACAGUGAGGGUGUCAGUGAGGGGCAGGCCGGCUAAGUGGAAGGGGAGGUGCCAUGGAUGUCCCCUUUAGGACACGCAGCAGCUUGCUUCUGGAGCACCGCUGUCCUACGAUGGAGUCUCCUGCAAAAGCCUAUAUUUUGUGGGUAGGCCCAUUUACCCUGUGAGCCUUGGUUUCCACACCUGUAAGUAAUUGCACUAGGUCAUGUUCUGACAGGUCCUGAGAUGCCUCGGUUGUGGCCUUGAAGCUUUCUUAUCUUCCUCGUAGAGAAUGAUAAGGGUCCGAAUUUUACUUAAACGCAUGGAUGUGCUUUGAAAAUAUUUAGAGAUUCUUUUUAUUUUUUUCACUCCUAGAUCUUUUAUAGAGAAGACAAAUGAAAUGCAUAUUCAAUGUAAUUUUCAGUUUGCUUGUUCUAUACAAACAUGGCACUGCCUUCUAGAUUCAGCUUUUAACCAGGGACACGAUUCGCCUUUAUAAAAUGUCUUCAUUAAAAAAAAAGUCUUGAUUUAAUUUCAAGAUGUUAGGCACUGCAUUGACUCUAGAGGGGAACUGUGGGGGUCACUGCAUUGGCUCCAGAGGGGAACUGUGGGGGGCACUGCAUUGACUCCAGAGGAGAACUGUGGGGGUCACUGCAUUGACUCCAGAGGGGAACUGUGGGGGUCACUGCAUUGACUCCAGAGGGGAACUGAACUGCGGGCUGUCAGCUGGCAAAGUGCAAGUUUAAAGGAAUGGGAGUCGGGCAGUCACUUCGAAGUCAGUGCCGAGGAACCCAUUCCUCCCCUGUCUCCACCGACGGCUCAGUGUAAUGGCCCAUGCUCGGCAAGAUGUGCCAGGGGCUGGGUUCCUGCACUAGACUGCUCUGCUGUCAAUCAAAGAGGCGGAGUGGUCCAUGUUUCAUGUCUGGAAGAGUGUCUCGCCCUCUGGAAGAGUUCUUGUGUGUCCAGGUUUCUCCUCGCCACUGUGAGCUGCUUGUCGCCACCCCUAAGUCAGUGAGGGUAUGUUGGGGUCUCUCCAUAGAGCAGAGUCUGAGCUGAUGCUACAAGAGCUGGUUCCCUGCUGAUGGGCAGGGUGAUGAGGGUAGUUGCUAAAGAAUGUUGACCAGAACGGGCAAGAGGUCAGAAGUCACCCCACAGGACAGCAUUGCUCACUUGUUCUGCAGACUUGAGGAAGGCUGACAGCCAUACUAGGGGAAGCUACAUCCUUGUCUCUCAUCCAGCGUCCACAGGCGCCCUGAUGUGUGGCUUUGCUUACCACCAUACAUAACUUGGAUUCCAGAGAUGCAGUCUGGACUUCUUCCUCUUCCUGCUUGUCUCUGUCAUGGUAGGAGGUAUCCGGAGGUGUCCGGCAGUGUGUCCUUCCUGACACUAAUGUUAGAGUCAGACUUCCCUUGCAGUUGGGUUCCAUGUGGCUCUGAGGACCCGGGCCUUCCUUUAUCUCUGGCUAAGUUCCUUCAGUUGAAGGGAAGAUUCCAUCAGGUUAAAGGCCAUACUCCCUCCUCAUGUUAGCAGAGGUAAAAAAUGAAAGUUCAAAGACGGCAUUUGCAGAGACCUCAUCAGAGAAAGAGGCCUGUGGGGCCCUGCCAGGCUGGGGUUCAGGAAAGGCUGGAUGCAAGGGUGGAGCUGCCAUCCUCUGUUCAGCCCCCCUCUUUUGUCCAUCCUGUCCCACCUCCCCCACCCCAGCCUCUCCUGCUUCCUAUUAUACCCUUUGUCAAGAGAGAGUUGAACUCUGGAGGGGGCGGGGGGGGGGUGGUGGUGAGCCUGUGAGCACUGCAGACACAAUAGGAGCCAGACUCUCCCUUCCUCACCUGGGGGUGGGGAGAGGCACCAUUAGGACCAGAAAAUGGAGCAUACAACUUUUUAGUAAAAACCCAUCUUAGAAGCCUAAAGAAAGGUCAUUUUAUCCACCUGAGGCCAGGGACAGACAACAUCCAUAAAGCAGAAAAUGCCUCUGGGUGUGUCUGUGAGAACAGAAAACCAGUGUGGAGGUGAGACCCUCCUAGCCUUGGGCGCUGCGCAGUGUCUUCUACUCUCCAUCUUGUGUUCCUCCAUCACUCCCUCACUCAUCUGCUUUCCCCAUGUUGUUUCAAGCCUCGGGCAGGGCAGGGACCUUCCUCAGGCCUUGCCCCAGUGGGUAGCUGCUUCACUCUCCUUAUCCAGGUAGGACUGAGGCGGGGAGGUGCUGGCACGAUGCUGAGGGGCAUCAGAGUCUGUGUCACACACCAGAGUCCACGCUGUCUGGCUUUUCCAGCUGUCAUUGUUCCAAUGGUGCAAACAGACCGGAAGUGCUUAGAUGCGUGCAAAGUGCAGCACCAUUGCAGUGGCUGUCUCCUCAGCCAUUCUACCACUAAGAGAAGGCCAAGACAAGAGGCCGGUCUGCUCUUUGUCUGAGGGACUCACAUCCAAGUGCCCAUGAUGAAUUGUUCUAGCCCGCCCAGGGGCUGACCUCACCUGUGUCUUAGUGGCAAUAGACCUGUUCUUUCCUGUCUGAGCUUCCCAAGGCAACACUAGUGGGCCACUUCAGGUCAGAGAGACUGGCGUCCGUGUGCUUCAGCUUGCGUGUCGAUACAUGAGUUUGCACAUACACGCAUGUGCACACAUGCAGGCCUGCCCCCACACAUGUCGGAUAGUGUUAUUCUAUGGCUCUCCCUGUGUGUCAGUAGCACACCAGCCUCCAGGUCCUUCCCCAUCACGUUACUGCAUGGAGGAAAGACAAAAUUCAUCCAUGCCUGUGGCGCAGAUGAACGUCCCGUGGAAAAUCCAUUGAGACUAUUGAGAAACACCAGCUGAAUGAGAAUGUGACGGAAAGGCAGGCAGAACCCAGCGGGGGAGCUCAAGGAGUGGACUGUGUCAAUAUAAAGUUAGAUACUUGGAAGAA